AUGAAUGAUUUUAGUGAAGAAUAUGAUUUUAUGCAAAGAAUUCAUAAAGUGGAAGGAUAUAAUGAAUGUAAUAUGAACAAUGGUUUCGAAGGUAAUAAAAAUGAUGAUUUAUUAUUUGGAAAAGAUAAAUGCGAAAAAGAAUUUUAUUUAAAAAGUAAAUAUGAUAAAUAUAGUAAUGUGUUAAAUGGUUUUGGAAAAGAUGAUAAAUAUUUAUAUUUAAAAAAAUUAAAAAAUGAAAAAGAACAUAGAAAAAGAACAGAGGGGCCAUCUUUAGGUCGAUCAGCUGUUGAUUAUGAUAGUAAAAAAAGUAAUAUUAAUGAAUUAACUAAAAUACAUGAAAUUGUAUAUUAUAUACAUGCUAAUAAAAGAAAUGUAUAUGAUUAUUUAAAUAAGCAAACAGAUUUAGAAAAUAAUUAUUAUCAAAUAGAAGAGAAACCACAAAAUUUAACUAAUGAUAUUGUUAAAGAGAAUGAAGAAUAUAUAUAUUUAAAUGAAAAUGCUUAUUAUAAAUUAAAAAUAAAUAAAGAAGAUAAGGAUGAUGCAGGAGGAGGAGGAGGAAGUCGCGGUGGAGGAGGCGGUGGUUUUAUUAAUGGUGUAACACAUAAUAUGGGUAACAUGAAUAUAAGAUAUGCAGUUGAUGGGAAUGGUAAUAAUAUAAUGGGUGAUAUUAUAGAGGGUGAUAAUUUUUUAUUAAAUAUAGCAAAUUCAUUAUUUACAUUUAAGGAUUAUAUAAAAAACGUUAUAUAUUUCUUAAGUAAAAUAUUUCAUUAUAAUUUUUUAGAUUAUACAUAUAUAAAGAAUUAUUCUUUAACAAAUUAUUUUGAUAAGAAUGUUAAGGAUUAUAUGAAAUAUUUAAAAAAAUCAGAAGAUACACGUUUCUUAUCUCAAGAAUUUAUAUUAAGAAAAAAAUUUAUAAUGCCUCAUUUUAUAUAUAAUUGUGUAGAUUGUAAUUAUAAUACAAAUGAUAACGGUAUAAUAAUUUUAUCUUCUAUAUAUCCAUUUAUACAUAGUUAUGAUUAUAAUCAAAAAUUAAAAGAUUUACGUAAUCAAGAAAAAGAAUUAGAUAAUAUAUUAAAUAAUGAAAGGAAAAGAAGAAGAAAAACAAUCUUUUCUUUUGUAAACAAAUUUAGAAAUUUUGUAGUUAAUAAAAUAUAUUCAGAUAAAAAUAAUGUAAAUAAUAUGACAAGUCGAAUUCGUAAUCAAAGUGAAUAUUCAGAAUUCUUAAAAAAAUUUGAAAGUAGUAUAAAUGAAGAAGGAGAAUUAAUACAAGAUAUAAUUUUCCCAGGUAAAGCUCAAAUGAUUUUUAUAAAUUUUAAACAGCUGGAAAACAAUUUUACUAAUAUGAUAUCAAAUGUUGACGUAAAGAAUGAAAGAGUUCAAGUAAGUAAUCUUAUUUUAGGUUAUGAGAAAAAAGAGCAUAUAAAAUAUACAGAUAUAUUAAUAUCCAAUAUAUUAAAAAAUAUAAAAAAAAAAUAUCCUGAUAUGGUAAUUAAUGAUGAAAAUCCAGUCAAUUUUUUACUUGAACAAAAAGAUGUUAUACCUAAAAAAUUAUCUGCUGAAGCGGGCAAUGAUUUUAAAAAUAAUAUAAAUAUAAAUCUUAAUACUAAUGGUAUUAAUAACAACAACAACAAUAAUAAUAAUAAUAAUUAUUAUGGGGAUAACAAUAGUUAUCAUAAUAAUUCUGUUAAUUAUAAUAUGCAUAAUUUUAUGCCCAGUACAAACACUAGUAGUUAUACUAAUAAGAAUUUUCUAUGUUCUGAGAUGUCGUCAGAUGUAUAUUUUAAUAAAAAAGAUUUAUAUAAAUUAUCAGAUCUUAAAGAUUAUAUUUGUAAUUCACCUUCUCAUUUAAUGAAAGAAAAAAAGAGUAGCUGUGAAUAUGUAACUUGUGUAUGUUUUGAUAAUAAUUCAAAUAAUUGUAAUUUAAUAAAUAAUUUUGUACUUGGUUAUAAUACAGGAAAAUUAGAAUAUAUUUAUGGGAAGAUAAUAUAUAGUAAUAUUAGUCAUUGUGAUUUAUUAAUAGAUUAUUAUUCUAAAAAAAAUAAGAAAUUUUCUUAUGAAUUAAAUAAACGUAUAUUUUUAAACGGUUCAGUUAUAAAAAUAAGUUUUGCGCCUAAUGGUUUUUUUUGUCUAAUAUUAACUAGCAGAACAUUAUAUUUGUGUAAUUUUUUUUAUUUUUCCAUAUAUGAAAUAACAAAUAAUUGUUAUAAUUCACAAUAUGUUAAUUUCUUAUGGCUAAAUAAUAAUUCUUAUGUUAUUUUUAAUGAUAAGGGACAUAUACAUUUAUAUGAGAAAAAUUUAAAGAGUGAUGGAUUUCAAGGCUUUUCGGUAAUCAAAACGUUUUUUAUUAAUCAAGAGAUUUUUUUUAAUUCGAUUUGUGAAUAUCAUUUGUAUAGUAAUAGUAUAUACCUAUAUACUGGUGAAAUCGAAAAGAAAAAAAGAAAAAAAUCUUCAGGACAUUUAUUCAAAAAAAAUCAUAUAAAUAAUAAGAAUAUGAAAAAAAAACGUACGAGCGAAUAUUUUUAUAAAUAUGAUUGUAAUCUUAUAAUUAUUGAUUUAAAUUCAGAUACACAUAAAAAUAUAUCAAAUUAUAAAGGCAAAGAAUUUUUAAAUAUGUAUUUAAAAGAUAAUAUGAAUGAUAUAGAUAAUAAUAUGAAAGAAAUUAAAAUGUUAGAAAAAUUAAUUGAUAAUGAAAAAACAUUUGAAGAUGAAGAUAUUCCUUUUGAUAAAUUAACAUAUAUUAAUAUAAAAGAUUUUAAUAAUUAUAUUUCUACAAUAAAAACAUUGGGAAAUAAUUUAUAUAUGAAUAAUGAAAGUGGUGAUGAACAUAUGUUAGAAUAUGAUCCGAUGAAAACGGAUGAGAAUUUUUCUGUAAAAAAAUUAUUUGUAAAUUAUAUUAAAGAUGUUAAAAGAUAUUUAUAUAAUUUAAAAAAUGACAAUAUAGUUAAUAUAUUAUUACCAAGAUAUUAUAGUUCAACAGAUGAUUAUAAUUAUAACAACUUUUUAAAUAUUCGUUUUUUCACCAUAGAAAAAUCAGAUAACAAACAUCUCAUUGCACUAGAUACUGAAACCGAUUUCGUUUAUAUAUAUAAGAUAAGAAAAAAUGUUUAUUUAGAUGAUGAUACAUUAGAUAAUUUAAAAAAUAGAAGAUUAGUAGGAGGAAUAGGUAGUGGAUUUCAUUUCAAUAAUCCGUUACAAAUGUUUUAUUCAACUUAUAUGAAAAAAGAAUCAUUAUUAAAAGAUGAAUGGAGAAUAUAUAAUGAUUAUAUAUAUAUAAAUACUAAAAAACCACAAAAGUUUAUUAAAUAUAAUUUAUUAUAUAUUAUAAAAAAUCAAAGGAAAAUAUUUUUCCCAUUGCAUGUAUAUGUAAUAAAUACAAAACAAAAUGAAAAUGAGUAUUUUCUGUUUAUUAAGUGGGCAACAAUAAAAAAUUCUUUUAUUUAUUCAUCUUAUAGUUCUUUAAAUAAAGUAUCAAAAAUGAAAGAAUAUUUUAAAAGGGAUGAUGAAAAAUUAUUAAAAGUUUUAGAAAAUCCUAAGAAUAUCUUCUUAUAUAAUAUAAAUGAAAAUGAUUAUCCAACUUCUUAUUUAUAUAAUAAUAAUACAAGUAAUAGAAAUAAUAUUAAUAAUAAUCGAUUAUUAAGUAGAAGAAAUAAACUUAUAGAUAAGGAUUAUUUAUCUGAAAAUGAUGAAAGUUAUUUAUUAGGAAAUAAAUAUAAAGAUAAACUAAAUAAACAACAAGAUCCAUAUCGUCAUUCAUAUAGACAAUAUUUGGGUCCUGAAGAUUAUAUAAAUAAAACACCAAUGAAAAAUAUACCUAGAAAUUUUUUUACUUCUCCUGUUAGUCCUAAUAAUCUCAAUAUUAAUACUAUGAAUAUGAUGAAUAAUAACACAUAUAAUAUAGAUCCUAGUAGAUAUAGUGACAAUGAUGUAUAUCAUAAUAAUACUGCUUUUUAUAUGAAUAAUAAAGCGCACCCAACUUAUCAAAAUUAUCUACAGGAAAAAAAAAAUACCGAAGCAGAUAGCAAAUGGUCCUAUUUUAAAAAAAUGAAUAUAUUUAGAAAGUAUAAUAACAAUGAUAUGGAUAAUUUCCAUGAUGCCGAUGAAGAUUAUUAUAAUAGACAACGUGCUAUGUAUAAUAGUGAUAAGGAUCCAAGAUAUAUAUCAAAUAAAAAUAGAAAUAACCUAAACAUUGAUCAAGAUCAUAUAAUAAAUGAUAUGAGAAGUCCCCAUUUUUAUUCUACUUCAAAUCAUAUGAGAUAUAAUAGGUUACAAGAUGGUACUGAUGGUAGUAGUACUAUAGAAAAUAAUGAUAUUAAUAAUAUGAAUAAUAUGGAUUUUGUAAAUGAUAUGAAUCAUAUAAAUAAUUAUCCUAAAAAUAAUUAUGACAAUAAUUAUCUAAAAUAUGAUUCUUAUAAAAAUAUACGAUUGGAUAUAAAUAACACAGAUAAUAAUAACAACAACAAUAAUAAUAAUAAUAAUAAUAAUGAUAAAGAUUAUAACACAAACAUUGCUUAUAAUAAUAAAAAUUUUAUGAAUAAUGAUAUGUAUCAAAUUUCUAGUGACCACAAUUCAUAUUUAAAUGACAUAGAAAGAACUAAUAAUAACAUAGGAUAUAUUUAUAAAAAUAAUAAAGACUUCAAUAAUGUUGAUCAUAUGUAUAAUGAAAAAAAUAAAUAUAUAACUGAUAACCAAAAAGAUAAGGAAAGUAGCUACCGAAAGUAUAUAUAA